CCUCUUCUGAAAUCGCGAACGGAAAACCCGGUAAAAAAGUGAAGCCCUCAGAAUUCGAAGGCAUCGAUUUGGGCACACAUACCCUUCCCGAGCGGUAGAAUCCAGUUCUUUCUGCGCUCCAUCACCAUGAUGCAGAUCUGGGAGGAUGAGCUAUUGGAGGUGGAUCAACUGGUUCAGCAAAAGCAACGACCCGCACGGAAAGUACCCCUCGAACAAAAUUGCGCACUCCGUCGUUUGUUGGAAGUGCAGGCCAUAAUUCUGGAACAAGAAGACCACAUCGUCUUUCGGAAAGCGAAUACCGGGAGAUGUACGCCGAAUUUCGCUUGGCGGGAGAUAGUCGCCCAAUGGUGCUAUGAUGUCGCCGAUCAUCUGGCUGAGAAGCGCUCGGUUGUUUACGUCGCUAUGAACAUUGUGGAUCGCUAUUGUGUGUGGAAGGACAUGAACGAAGAAAUGAGCGAAGGUACCUACAAGCUCAUUUCCAUGACAGCAAUGUUUCUAGCUGUACGUCUCUCAGGAUCCAGAGAACUUCGCCUUCAAGAGAUUUCCUCCAUGAGUCGCGGCUCUAUCAAGAUUCAGGACAUUAUAUCGAUGGGAACUUGUAUGAUCAAGCACUUGUCGUGGGAUCAUCAGAUGGUGACACCGCUGGAUUUUGUUCACACAGCUUUGGAAUCUUUCCCUGAUGCCAUCAGUACUGGAAGGAAGCAAAUCUUGCUUGAUUCAGUCCGGUACCUGACUGAGCUGUCAGUCUGCGACGUCCACCUCUCGCAAUGCCCUCCAUCGGAACUCGCGUUGGCAGCCCUGCUGAACAGCAUACAAUCUCAGUAUUGUGACGAACUCAUGGCCUUUGCGAGAUGUCUGGCGGCCGACAUGACCACGGAAGCUGCAGACAUUCCGGACAUGUGUCGCAGGCUUCGAGAUGUGUAUCGUGAAAGUGCUGAAAAUUGCAGAAGCAACGAUACCCCUCACGUUGUCCUUGACGAAGACGAUCAUCUCGACCUCAGAGUUCAGGCUUCCUGUCUUCCUUUAGGAAUUGUCCGCAGCAUUUCCGACGAAGAUAUUUUGGAGUCGCAACCUUGCAAAAGAAGACAGAACAUUGCUCCCGCGUUUAGACAAGUUACUCGCUGCAAACGAGCGAAAUUCGAUCUCACCACCUUGGCGUAGUACUCGGGUACGACCGUCACAAAACAAAUUGUACAAAUGAUCACGAGCAGCAACGUGUGUAAUCCCGCUCUCGUCUCUUUCUUUGGUCGAGAAUUCUCUUUUUCUCUUAUUAUCUACCACUCCGACAAAUCAACACGAUGAUAGACCACCCCAAGCACAUACUUCAACCAUAUCGUGUAGUUCCUAUUACGGCUCAUCGAAAUAACGCUUAUAUUCCGGGCAAGGAUUUUUCUACUUCUUACGAAAUUCGACUGAACGUUUCCCUACAGCACAUAAUUCAUUAAAUCAGGAAUCAGUCUUUAUAGCUUAAGGUUUUACAAUUC